AUGAAAGCUUUCAAUUGGCAGUCGAAGCUCCAGGAAACUGUGGGGAAGACGGUCACUGGCUUCUCGGACAGUGCAGCACGGUUCAAAGGCUGGACGGAAAGGCCUGGGACCAGCGAGGAUGGCAGUCGCCAGCAGGCGCUCAGCCAGCAUGGAUCCAGCCCCAGAAGCACAGCCAGCUUCAGCAACAAUCAGGACACUCAAUACCUCCGCCUACCGGUGGACAGCUUAAAGAAGCUGCGGUGGUAUGACCGGGACGACCUGUCAACGCUAGUGGAACUCUCAACGCGCGAGAAGCAGCAGUUGCAGGACACCAUCACAGCCCUCCGACAGGCACGCCACUACCAUCGCAUUUCCCGCUGCGCGCAAGGCAGCGUCAUCGCUGGCCUGGGAACUACAGAGGAGGAGCUGGAGGUGGAUCUGCAGGAGCGGCUGGCAGAUGCCGAGCACAUGCAUGCCUCGGACGAAGCGCUCAACGGCGCACUGCUCGUGUCUGCACGUGCCGAGAUCACGCAGCUGCGCACCAGCGGCAGCAGCAGCGCUGCCCAAGCGGCUGCAGCAGGAGAGAUGGCUUCUCUAAGAGAGAGGCUGGAGGCGCAGGAAAGGGAAGCCGAGGGGCUCAGGGACAGCCUGCGGCAGAGGGAUGCUCGGUUGAGGGAACAGUCGGAGACCAUCGCCGAUCUUCAAGAACGGCUCCUAAGUGUGGAGGCCGCCGAGGCACCGGGCACACCCACAGCCGAGGCCAAGCGGCCGCAGACCUCUCCGCGAGCCGAAGCAACUUCUGACGUGGCCGGCGCUGCGGCGGUACUGGCCGCUUCAGCAUCCGAGGACCCGGCUCGGCCGCCCGCGGUGUCCCCGCCCCGCCAACCCCAAGCAGCCGCUGCUACCCCACCAGAACCACUGGACCUACCACAGGCAGAGGCACAGAACGGCCCUGUAGCUCCCGAGCCGCUCCAGGAGCCUGCAGCCGCCAGCAGUUCUGGAAAAGGUGCAGAGGAAGUAGAGGAGAAUGGGGCGGCAACAGAUACCCGGGCGCUGCCAAACGGCGUGGCCGAUCACGCAGCUGCCCUGCAGCUGCAGUCUGACCUGGAGCGGCAGGCACACCUGGCGCAGGUUGGGCGAUUGGAGGGGCGACUGACAGAGUUGGAGGCUCAGGCGGCUGCGGCUGAGGAGCGGUGCGCUGCUCUGGAGGCAGAGCUGCAGCAGGCAAGGCAGGGAGCGGAGGAGGCCAGGACGGCUUCAGAGAAGCAUGUGCAGGAGCUGCGGGCCAAGGUGACAGCCGCGCAGGCAUCGCAGGCAGAGAUGCUGGCGAGGGCGCAGGACAUUUGCGCGGAGGCAGAGGAGCGGGGGGCCACCGCCCAGCGCCGUGCCGACCGAGCCGAGGAGCGCGCCAGCAAAGCAGAGGCCGAUCUCAAGGCGAAGGAGAGAGAAAGGGAACGCGGCGCGCCGGACGACGCCUGGCUGGCGACGGCGCGGCGUGCGGCGGACGAGCGCGAGGCCGAGCUGCGGCGUGCGAUGCGCGACGGAGAAGCCAAGCUGCGUGAGCGCAUCUCCCGCCUCGACGAGGACAACCAGGAUCUGCGAAGGUCGCUGGUUCGUGCACGGGCUGACGCAGAAGCGCUGGAGGCACGUGCGCAUGCGGCCGAGGCGGUGGAGGCCGGCCUGCAGUCGGAGCUUCGCGCGGCAGAGGCGGCCGGCGCCGAGGCCGACGCGGCGCUCGCUCGGUGCCAGGCACUGGAGGAGCGCCUGUCCGAGCUGCGUGCAGAGCAGGGCCAGCUGGCGACAUACAAGGAGAUGGCAGCGGCUGCAGAAGAAGACCGCGGCCGAUUGGAGGCGGAGGUUGUUGCGACAGCGCAGCUGGCCACCGCCGUCGAGGCACGGCUGCGAAGCGCGCUGACCGCCAAGGACGCCGCUGAGUCGCGCGUAGCUGCCGCGGAGCUGCGCGCCCACCAGGCAUGUGACUGCCCCCUGCCUGCCUCAGGGAAUGCGGAGGCGACCAUAGAGGCGGAGGUGACGAAGCGGCUGGAGCUGAGCGGGGCUGAUUUUGCGCGGUGGCCGCGCGCGGCCCGGGAGGAGACGGCGCGGCUGGAGAAGAAGCUGGACGCUGCGCAGCGCAUGACUGCCACGCUGCACGCUGAAUUGGACGCCUCUGGGCGCCAGCGCCAGUCAGAGGCCGUGCGGCUGUCGGCUGCGGAGGAGCGCGCGACGCGGGCGGAGUGGGAGAGGAGGGAGUCCGUAACGGGGCUGGAGCGCCAGCUGGCGGCCGCGCGGGCCGAGAUGCUGGACUGGCGCCGCGAGCUGGCGGCCGCGGAGGCCGAGCGCGACCGCCUGGCGGCCGACAAGAAGCUGCUGACUCAACGCGGCUCCUCCGGCAAUCUCUAUGCCGGCUUCAACGGCACCCCCAAGGCCAGGGGGGGCGGCAGCCUCCGUGGCAUUGCAGACACAUUUUCGGAGACGCCGACCAACGGACAGCGCGAUCAGCUGCCUGGCGUGGACAUCCUCUACCUCAAGAACGUGCUGCUCAAGUUCCUGGACUCCGCCGCUGCAGGCCGCACAGAGCAGUGUGAUGCGCUGCUGCCUGCAAUUGCCACGCUGGUUCGCGCGAGCCCUCAGGAGUACCGGGAGCUCAAAGCUGCGCUGCAUGCUGCCCGCCAGAGCGCCUCCUGGUGGCCAUCCUAGCGCUAGGGCCCUCAAGUGCAGAGUGGAGUUUCAUUGCAGAUCAGGGGACUCGUUGGUCCAGCCUGUCAUUGGUUGUGUGAUUAUAAAAUUUGUAGGGUUUCUCCUGAGACCUGCUACUGAUGAUGAUGGGUGGGCUUUGGUGUAGCGAGUAGAUCCCCCUGAUCAGGCCCCUCAUGAGCCUAUCAAUAUAUAUAUAUAGGCGCUGCGGAUGCAGCUGGAUGUCUGUCAGCUGCAGCAUGCGCAUGUGAUCAUCUACAGCUGCCGGCGUUUGGGUAAGGCCACAAUCUAGUAUAUACGGACUGCGUGCCACAGUGUGCAUGUUACAGGUACAAUAUGAGAUUUGAUGAUCACACACAACAGAAAGAUUUUGCAAGCACUAGCCUAGGGCAUGCAUGCGUGUGCCGCACGUGCACGUCCACCGCGGCUGACUGCGCAGUCAUAUUAUGAUAUUUACACGCGCAGUCCUAUACUUUAGUACAUGUGAUGCCAGGCCGGCAUCAUGAUGUGUUGCGCAACGGAGCGCAGGUGCUGGCGCCAAGCUCUUGAGUGUUUCUACAAUGGUCAGCCUGUGCACGACCCACUACGUGGAAGCCAUUGAAAGUUC